AUGUUUACGGCCCAGCAGAACAUCGCCCAGCGUGGUCACGAUGAACAACGUGAUGGUUUGAGUAAUAGCAGUGAUGUAAAUAGAGGUAAUUUUCUGGAAGUAAUUCACUUGCGGUGCAAGGACAUAGCUUGGCUAAAGGAUAAACUCGAUAGCCAGCUUCAGAAGCACGCGCAGUGGACAUCUCCCGUGAUACAAAACGAACUGCUACAAAUUAUUGCGGAUCUCAUUCGCGAGCGUAUCACAAACGAUGUGCGAGCCAGCGGAUGGUAUGGUAUCAUCUUGGAUGAAACAUCAGACAUUAGCAGAAUAGAACAAGUUUCACUUUGCCUUAGUUUCGCGCUGAAUGGAACGAAGAAGGAAGCAUUCAUUGGUUUCUACUCCACGAAAUCAACCGAAGGAGAAGUACUGUAUGAACUGGUGAAAUCCUCUAUCACUGAACUCAAUCUUGACCUAAAGAACAUUGUUGGUAAAGCAUUUGAUGGGGCUGCUAACAUG